UGAGGGAGUCCGGCGGGGAAAUCAACCGCCCCGCGCCAGGCUCCGACCCUCCUUCCAGUCUCUUCUGCGCCUGUGCAACCCGAAGGUUCGCGAAAAUUCCUGAAGCGGCACCGGCGUCUUCCGGAAGCCGGCGGCGGCGGCGGCCUGCACCGGAGUGCUGGUUUCCUUUUAGUCCCCGUGGUGUGCGUUUCACCUAGGAGACGGAAUGGCGCUUCUGUGUUACAACCGCGGCUGUGGCCAGCGUUUCGACCCCGAGGCUAACGCGGACGAUGCUUGCACAUACCACCCAGGUGUACCUGUAUUUCAUGAUGCCCUGAAGGGUUGGUCUUGCUGUAAGAGAAGAACAACUGAUUUUUCUGACUUCUUAAGCAUUGUAGGCUGUACAAAAGGUAGGCAUAACAGUGAAAAGCCACCUGAACCAGUCAAGCCUGAAGUCAAGACUACAGAGAAGAAGGAACUGUCUGAAUUAAAACCUAAAUUUCAGGAACACAUCAUUCAAGCCCCUAAACCAGUUGAAGCAAUAAAAAGGCCAAGCCCAGAUGAGCCAAUGACAAACUUGGAAUUAAAAAUAUCUGCUUCUCUAAAACAAGCACUUGAUAAACUUAAACUGUCAUCAGGGAAUGAAGAAGAUAAGAAAGAAGAAGACAGUGAUGAAAUUAAGAUUGGGACUUCUUGUAAAAAUGGAGGGUGUUCAAAGACAUACCAGGGUCUACAGAGUCUAGACGAAGUCUGUGUAUAUCAUUCUGGAGUACCUAUUUUCCAUGAGGGGAUGAAAUAUUGGAGCUGUUGUAGAAGAAAAACCUCAGAUUUUAAUACAUUCUUAGCCCAAGAAGGCUGCACAAAAGGGAAACAUGUGUGGACUAAAAAAGAUGCAGGGAAAAAGGUUGUUCCAUGUAGACAUGACUGGCAUCAGACUGGGGGUGAAGUUACCAUCUCAGUGUAUGCUAAAAAUUCACUACCAGAGCUCAGCCAAGUAGAAGCAAAUAGUACACUGUUAAAUGUUCACAUUGUAUUUGAAGGAGAGAAAGAAUUUCAUCAAAAUGUGAAACUUUGGGGUGUGAUUGAUGUUAAACGGAGUUAUGUGACCAUGACUGCAACGAAGAUUGAGAUCACUAUGAGAAAGGCAGAGCCCAUGCAGUGGGCAAGUCUUGAACUGCCCACAGCCAAAAAGCAGGAGAAACAAAAAGAAGAUAUUGCAGAUUGAUAAGAAGAGAGACAAAAAGCUCUUGUUUGUUUUAGAAUUCUUAAUAUGUGUGGUGAAGUAGUAGCUUGCUGCUGUAAUCUUUUUGUUGUUUUUAAUCUUCCAUUUUAGAGUUAUCAUGAGGUUCUUCAAAGCCAAAGUCUGUUCAUUUUUUUGUCCUCUAUCUUCCUUUUGAGUUCCAUAAUAUGAUUACUCAAGUGUCCUCACUAGUAGAAACAUAGUUGUUACCCCACACAUGAAGGGAGGAAAAGAACUGAUGAGCAUAUUUGUAGUAUUUCUUAGUAUAAAUUAUUAUUAGCAGAGAAACAAAAGGAUUUUUUUGUCCUAAUAUUGCUGUUACCCUUAAAUGGGAAAGCACAGUAUAAUAUAAAAAAUUUAAUUGGCCUUUCCAUGAACUUUUGUUACUGUAAUUCUUGAAAAUCUUUUUUGGUUUUUCGAGACAGGAUUUCUCUGUGACUUUGGAAGCUGUCCUGGAACUAACUCUUGUAGACCAGGCUGGCCUUGAACUCACAGAGAUCUGCCUGCCUCUGCCUCCCAAGUGCUGGGAUUAAAGACAUGCUCCACCAACGCCAGGCUCAAUUCUUGAAAAUCUUUAAGGAAAAAAUUUUUCUUUGUUUCCCUAUGAGGUGGUUACUUUCUGUAGUAUUAAACCUGAAGCAGUGUAGUCACCAUCUGUGUGUACUGCUAACAUGAUUCAUUUGCAAUUAAUUUAAUUUCAGAAAGUUACAUCAAUACCAGUAGUAUUUGUCAAGCAGUAUAAUUUAAGACUAUAGGAAAUAUAUCUAAGAAUUAUCAAUUUGGUUAAAAUUCAUCAUUUCAUAAGAGUAAGCAAUAAUGUUUUUUAAAAAGUCUCGUAUUAUUUAAAGGUGUUUUGUGGUGUUUUCACUAAAUUUUAUCUAAUUUAUGGUCUAAAUCCUCUUGGGAAUUAUAUCUAUAUCCCAGAUGAAAACUAUCUGUAAAAUUGUGACUGUGUAGCUACGUUGAAAUAUGUUAAGGUAUGUGUGAGGCUUGAAUGUGGAAUGCUCCUGCAGGCUUGCCUUGAGCCAUUGGUUCCCCAACUUAUGGCUCUAUUUUGAAGGUUGUAGAACCGUGUUGGGCUGGCUGGGCUCUCUGGAGGUGAGCCUUUAAGGAUUCUACACCCCUGCUGGUUUAGGGUGUAUGUGUACCACCUCUGUCCUGCACUCUCAGUGCUGCCUCCGCAGCCAGUGUAAACUGUAUCCUCUGAAACUGUGAGCCAAAAUAAACUUUUCCUCCCUUGA